AUACCUCAUCCUCACCCGAAGCUAGCUAACUAGUAUUCAACAACUUAUAUAUAUUUCCCAUCUCACUUGCUAUUGUCUCACAUAUCUUCAUUCUGAUAUUAUAUAUAGAGAGAGAGCGGAUGAAGCCCAAAUACUUUCUUCAUGAACAUCCACUGCACUUCUUUGAAGAGUGGAGCAAUAAUGUCCACGGUGAGACUAGAGGUGUAAAUUGCUCAUCAGGAUGUGGGCAACCAAUCUCAACUCAAUUCUAUGCAUGCAUUGACUGUGAGUUUUUCCUUCAUAAAUCAUGUUCUGAGCUACCGUUGAACAUCACUCACCCCUUCCAUGAUAAGCAUCCUCUCAUUCUUCUAGAUGAUUCCCCAUACGGAUAUGUGCAUGCAAUUUGUAUGUUUUGUAGAGGUACAGUCGAUGGAUUUGUUUACCACUGUUCUUGUUCUUGUUGUGAAUUUGACCUUGACAUCAAAUGUGCCUUGCUCCCAGAAUUCCUCACUGGAAAUUUCCCAAAACGUGAUCAUCAUUUUAGCCACGUUGAACACCCACUCAUCUUUGUCCAAAUGCUUAGCAACGAAGUUAAAAUAUAUUCUUCCUGCUCUGUUUGCUCAAAACCAUUAUUGGGCACUUCUUUUUACAAUUGUCCUGAUUGUGGAUUUUUCCUUCACAAAGAAUGUGAGGCAGAGUUGUGGUCUAGGAUUGAUCAUGUUGCCCACCCUAAACACCCUCUUAUUCUUGUAUUCUCAGCAUAUUAUACCUGCGACUUUUGCCUAGAUGAAAGUGAUGAGAAGAAAUUUGGAUAUAAAUGCUCCGCUUGUCGCUUUUAUAUUCAUCAUGAGUGUACCUGUACCUUACCCAAGUCCUUCCAUAAAAGUAAGAUCCAUGACCACCAGUUGAGCCCAUUCAUGAGGAAAAAUCCCUUCAUUUGCGAUGCAUGUGGGGCGGAAGGAGAUGGUGCUCGCUAUGUUUGUUUGAAGUGUAGCAUCAUGAUCCAUCGGGAUUGUAUUUUCCUGCCAAAACUCAUCAAAUUCAAACUGCACAAUCAUCAUAUACUCGGCCACAACUACAGGUUUCCACAAAAAGUGGGUGAAAAAUGGACCUGUCAAUUCUGUUUCAAAAAGGUGGUGGCAGAGUAUGGGAGUUACAAAUGUUUGCACUCAGAUUGUACUUAUGUUCUUCAUGGGAGUUGCGUAAAAAAGAACAAAGGUCGUCUUUAUAUCGAAGUUGAGUCAGAGAAUGAGGAAAGUGAUGAUGAGGCUUCUUCUUCUUCAAGUUGUGCUGUGGCGCUAGGAGACAAGAUAGAUCAUUUCAGCCACGAGCAUGAAUUAGUGCUUGAUAAGGAGGAGAUUAUUAUGAAUGGUGAUAAAAAAUGUUGCGAUGGGUGUGCAUUACCGAUCUUGGAGGCCGCUUAUAGUUGUCCACAACCAGAGUGUAAUUUCUCCCUUCACAAGGUAUGUGCCCAAAUUGGAGAGGACAAACCACAUUGGGCUUCCCGAGAUCCUGUUGGAGUUACCAUGGAGUCCCAUUUUGAGUGUCGAUUUUGUGAGUAUGACUGCAGCGGUUUUCGUUCUAUCUGGACAGGAGUUGAUGGUAAGUGGAGGGAAAUUUGGAGGAAAAUUUGUCACAGAUGUAGUGAGAUCGAUUUCAUCACUAAGCAUGAAGCACAUGCUGAUCAGCACUUCCUCUUCUGUGAUGAAAAUCACAAGGGACCAUGUAGUGGCUGCGGUAAGGAAAUGGGUGAUUAUGGUGGUUACAGAUGCACGCUAGCAGAGGAAGAGGAGAAUUGCAAAUUUUUUGCCUUAGACUACAGAUGCCUGACACGGCCCCUUGAAGUUCAACAUAGGUUCCACCAUCACCCUCUAAAACUCACUUAUGAAGAUCCUUACAAGGAUGAUGAUGGUGAUCCAUUUCAACACAUGUGUGAAAUCUGUGAAGAUAGAAGAGAUCCAAAGCUCUGGUUUUAUCGGUGUGAUGAGUGCGAUUUUGAUGCUCAUCCUGAUUGCGUUCUUGGAGAAUACCCAUUCAUCAAGCGCGGUAGCAUCUAUCGUGAUGAUUAUGAUGAUGAUCAUUAUUAUUAUGAUGAGGAUGAUUAUUAUUAUUAUGAUUAUUGUGACUAUGAUGGUGACUAUGAUGGUGACUAUAAUGAUGACUAUAGUAGAUGUGAUUCUCAUGAACUAACUCUCAUAUAUUUCCAGAGUGAGAAAUAUCCCUAUCCGAAGUGUAGUUCCUGUGGCCAUCCUUGCGAAGAUCUAAGUAUUAAAUGCGCUCACUCUGAAUGCAACUUAGCUCUACAUUUUAAGUGUGUCAAUGAACGUCUCAUAGCGAGGCGGCGGCGGUGGCGACGGCAACGGCGACGGCAACAGUGUGCGUCGCAAAGAUACAUGAACCCCAGACGAAAUUGCACAAACUGUCCUCGAACUGUAAUUUUUGGUUUUACCAAGAGAAGCACUCCGGUUGCUCGGACCAGCGGGGCACAAUUGCUUUCACUGAUGGGGAGCCUAAACAAGGAUCAUUCAGGUAAAAUUCGAGCGCUUUGCUACUAAGUUUGCUAUGAUCUUUUCCUAUAAAAGAACAGCUUUAGUUCAACUUAAUACAGUCUGGUAGUAUAGCUCUACUUGUCAAUUUUUACUAUUGAAAUUUGAAAAGAAGACUUACUUGGAAAAGUGAGCUUUAUAAAUGUAUAGACACAAU